AUGCCACUCAAUAUCAGGNNAGUACAGGGCGAAGGCACCGUCAGUCAUAUGGCCAACAUGGUCGAGAUCGACAUCACUUUCAAGUCCAUCAGCUUUUACCGCAACGAAGCCAGCAUUGCUCUCUUCAAAGCAGUUGAGCAACUCACCGAUACCCUCAAGAAACUCUCGCCAACACUGGACAGUCGUGCUUCUAUGUUUCAGGCUUCCCCUGGCGGUUCUAUCACCUCCUGGAGCAUCGGAACCCAGCAUGUUCAGUCUCAGACUACACAGGUCUCACAAACCAAAGCGCAUCAAACCACACACACGGCCACAACUUCUCUGAAGGUCGCUAUCCAUGACUUCCAAGUCCUCGAACAAAUCUCAAAAGCCAUUACCAGAGCCCCUUGCAUCACUCGUGUCAAAACAUCCUGGUCCCUCACCAGCCCUGUCGCCACUCGUCUCAAGUCUGAGGUUCAUGAAAUAGCUGCGAGAGACGCCUUGAACAAAGCUACUGCUAUCGCUUCAAGCAUUGGCUUCCAAACUGUCCAGGCCGAGGAGGUUGUCUUACAGGCCUCUCAGCAUACUCUGUUCAGCACGAGCGUCCACUUUGCCAAUGGAGAUGCUAUUUCAAGUUCACGCCGAAUGCCUUUCAACCAGUACGGCUGUCUCGCUGAGAACUCCAGCUACGACCACGAGUACAGCGGCAAUCGCAGUGAUAGCAAGUGGACGAGUCGUGAUGACUCCGGUAAUCUGGACGUCUGGACGCUCGUGCUCGCGCCAAAAGUGAUCGCUCUUACUGCUCAGGUUGAUGCCAAGUUCUCCGCAACCAGCUCUACUGGAUGGGUCUAUGAAGAACUCGACCAGCAUCGUUUCAUCACCAGAUGA